CAACACGUGGUGCAACCGUGCCCUGCUUUGAACAUGAAACACGGCGUUAUUAUACCGUCAACACCUGCAGCUACACCGGACAGUGCCUCUCUCCCUGCUCGUCGAUGGAGGCCGCUUCGCUCGCUGGCGCCCAGUCAGGGGUGUAGGUACUACCUGUCUACUCUAGUAGCAUUACUCGUGGCAGCAUCGAAGUGCGAGCCGCAAAACUUGGCGUUUGCCGUGCGACAGGGUGGCGAGGUGGUGCACCUCAUGACCAAGGCGCCCAUGGCGGGGCCGCUCAGCGCGACCAUCGUGCAGUGCACCGGUGACACGGCAUCGUGUCAGGCAUCGCCCUGAGGCCCCAGCUGACUGGUAGGCUCGGAGGUAGAGCUGAAUCCGCCACAACCACGUGACAGUAACUGAGACUGUAUGGACAUAAAGAGCAAUUACACCACAGCGCCAUCACCCACUUCGGCGACGUACGACGGCCGACGGGACAUCUACUUUAUGCCCCGCCCGGCCGUCCGGGACUUGAGCCACAUGAUGCGCCAGGGAGAACUCCUUGCCGUGGCUUGCAUGGUAUAGUUGCCGUCGGGCGUCGGCUCUGAAUCCUGCUAUGCACGCACAUGCCAUCGCAGGGGUUCGGGGUGUCCAACUCAGCAUUGCGCCCUGAAUGUCCCGGACCCUGAAUGUCCCGGACCCUGGAACUGGGCACACGCAAGCUUGCCGGCACAGCUUAAUAAGCGGACACAUAGAACCCGGUGCCAUACAGAUUUAUCCGAUGCUU